AUGAUUGGUUUGAAUGGGACUUGGAAUCAAGCUAAUAUCAUCUUAAAGGGGCAGUCUGGUGUUUUAGCAGGUCACUAUAAAUGUUGGUCAUGCACUUAUAUAUUUGCUGGUGAAGACGGUUCAAGUGGUUAUGAAUGUGUUGAUAAACCAGCUAAUUUUAGUAAUAUAAGAGAAUUAGAUUGUCAUGAAGACAAUCAAUGCGUUAUAGAUUCUGUUUAUGAUCUUCAAAUUGAACCUCCUCGGCUACUGUCCAUGGAUCGGGGAUGUCGAAAACCAACGAAAGAAAAUGGAUGUUCUAAGGUUUCGUCCCGUCCAUCGUGUACAUUUUCCUGUGAUAGUAAUUUAUGUAAUGGUAUACACGGGGAUUUAAUACAGAACAUAUAUAAAGACACCAAUGGCGCACCAUCGUUAUUGUUUCAGAUUUAUCUUACUGCGUUAUGCUGUUUGAGAGUUUUUCUAAUAUAAACACUUACACGAUCAUUUGUCGAUCAUUUUGCUGAAUGCCAACGAUGUCCGAACAAUAUUGUACCCUGCCAGUUCCAUAAUAGCAAUAGCACAAUAAUAUCAGGUGAUAAAUUAAAUCAAUAUUUGUGAGCAUAAUCUCAUUAUCUGGCAUGUUUUUUGUUGAUUUGUUUUUGCAUCAGUAUUGGAAUAAUCGGAUAAUAAAACCGUGUUUUUGCAAUAACAUGUAGACCUAUAUAUAUAUGAUAUACAUAAAAUAAAUUAUUUUAGAUAGUGUGUG